AUGAUUAGAAGGCUAAAUUGUACACCACCUGCGAUAGAGGACUUCCCGCCAGACUUGUUUACCGUGGAGCAGCGGCAGAACGGGGCCAUAGUGUUACACGCACUCGCUAGUUUAUAUUUAUUUGUAGCUUUGGCUGUAGUAUGUGAUAAGUAUUUUGUACCUGCCGUCGAAAAAAUAUGCCAUGCGCUUAACAUGUCCAACGACGUGGCCGGGGCGACGUUUAUGGCGGCGGCGACGUCGGCGCCUGAACUGUUUGUGAACGUAAUCGGGACGUUUAUCACCGAGGGAGAUAUCGGUGUCGGCACCAUAGUGGGGUCCGCAGUUUUCAAUAUCCUAGCGGUGGCUGCCUGCUGUGGGAUCGGUGCCGGGAUGGUAGUUCCCCUGGACUGGUGGCCUCUAACGAGGGAUUGCUUGGCGUACGGAAUUACGGUGGCAAUCCUGAUCUGCAUCAUCCAUGACGAGCGGGUCGAAUGGUACGAAGCGCUGAUACUGGUGCUGCUGUAUAUCGUGUACAUUGCCGUUAUGUACUACGAUAAAGCGUUUCAAAAAUGUGCUCGAGAUGGAGUCAAGCACGCUCGUAAUCGUAGGUCACAGGAUGCAACUAGUAGUCUGAAGUCAGUCUCCAGCAGAGAGCAAGAGGCGGUUGAAGUGCAUCUUCCGUUGCGAAUCAGCCACUUCCAGCAGAACGGUAAUUUGAAGAACGUUACCCAUAUCGACUCGAGCAACAAUGAAUUGACGUCAUCGGAUCUGGAGAUGCAAAUUAGAGCGAUCAGUGCCGGUCGGGGAGGUGGAACAGUGGGAGCACCUGCCGUGGCACUUGCUGCAGCGACCGCACUCAGUGAUCAGCAGCAGCAGCAGCACCAACAGCACCAAAUUAAACAUCGUCACAGUGCGGGUAGUUUGAACGGUACUGCGAGUAUUGAUGAUAAUGACCAACCACCUCCACCACCAAGUCCUACAACACCGGCCCUGUCGUCGGAUAGUGCUGAUUCGGUGAAGCAAUCGCUAAACGGAGAACGAUCUGCCAAGGAUCCGGUGGCGGCGGAAAACGGAACGACCGGAGCGGAUCAGGUGGACGAUGAGAAGGAUGAGGAAUUUCAGCUAUUAAAGUAUCCCUCAAAGCAGAGCAAGUUUCGCCAGUUUUCAUGGAUUAUCACGUGGCCGAUUUAUUUGCUGUUUGUUUUCACCAUUCCAAACUGCGAGAAGCCACGGUUCAAGAAUUGGUUCCCGAUGACCUUCUUCAUGUGCAUCGUUUGGAUCGGCUCACUGUCGUAUGUGGUCGCUUGGAUGAUUACAAUCAUUGGUGAGUAAUUUUGUAUGGUUUCC